AGUCCUUAAGUGCGGCCGGUAAAGUUACUAAAACUAUUUUAUCUCGCUCGUAGACGACUUUGAAAUGGAUCCAAACCGUUCUUCGUGUUGUAAUUCAAUUCUAGAGAAAGUUAAACCACAUUUACCGACGAUAGACUUUGAUUUUUCAACGUGCCAGAAAGACGAGGUAGUGACAGUAUAUCAGAGACCAGCUGGUCUUUCCCUGAAGGUCCCUGAAGACUUUAAUAAUCUUUCAGUAGAUGAUGCUGAACUAGAGGAGCUUUUAAAAGCACAGAUCUCCUCAGAAGAGAUUCACAGACAGUUAGAUGAUGAUAAUGAUAAUGGAAAUGUGGAAAACAACUCUGCAGCACAGCAGAGUACAGGACCCUCUGAUGCUGAUGAUGAGGCAGGCGCUUAUGCGACCAGCUUUGUGGUGUCGAAUAACAAAGCCAAGCCGGAUGCCUCUUUUAAACCAAACGUAGGCAGCACAAAAUCCAAAGAGGGUUUACCUGUUCUCUCAUUUGCAAGGCUUGACCAGUGGGAUUUGGAUGCUGUCCUCCAAAAUUUAAAAGCGUCCAGAGUGUCUCUGCAAGAACAUGCCCCAGUGGAACCUGUGAGAAGACGUGAAGUUCCAACCCGAUGUUCGUUUAUAAAUGGUGACAACAGACGCUCCCAGGAGGACAUAAUGGAAAGACUCACUGCUCUCUGUAUGAAACAGUCUGUGUCAGAACCUGUAAAAAAUCCAGGCUGCAUCAGACAAAAUAGCAUCUGGGACAAAUUGCUAGAAAAGAUGUCAACACAGCUCAACAGCCACGCGGAACGUCCUACUGUUUAUAUGGACUUGCGUUGCCCUGAUCCCUCAAUAAAACCAGUGAGAACAUCCCCAGAUCUUUCGUUAGAGCCCCAGUCAGCAACCAACACUCAACAAGAUGAACAAUGUCCAUCUGUGCACUCCAGGAAAUCAAACAGGGAAACUGAUCAGCAAAGUUUAAUUAAAGAACCAAAGCAGCAGAGUGAUCAACACAGACUGGAGACAUUUCAACACGAGCAGAAGCAGGAAAUUCUAAAACUACUGGAGAAACAUCGCCCAAUCAAAUCUGUGCAUCAGAAGCAGCCGGCUGCUGAGAAAACUGAUGUUCUUUUUGACAUUGAAGCGUCUCAGUUAGAGUCAGUCAGCUCACUCCCAGCAGGUAUUGAAAGUAAAGGCCGCAUGCUGCUCAUUAUCAACCUCUCCAGUCCUGGUAUGGUUGCAGCUCAUGGAAAAAGGAAGCAUCCAGCUGCAACCAAGUCCCACAUCUACAACACUUUAGUGGCUUGGCUUCUGUCUUUGGCUGGUCCAGAUCAAUGCCACGAUGAAGACCAAGCAAAUGCCCCAUUCUGGGUUGCAGGACUUCAGCAGCUGUGGACAGAAGAUGGACUAACUUUGCAAGUUUUAGCCGUGGCUCGUCGUUGUUAUAAACCAAGGAAAAGGGACGUAGACAUCCACGCACCUUUCUAUCACCACGUCAGCAAGUUCCUGUCUGAAACCUCCCUCACCGUAAUCGCCAGCUGGCUACCUCGGCUCCAACACAUGCUGGACCAGCAAGCCUACACCUCACCCAUCCACCUGCCUCCGUCCUGUUUGAGCAGUUUUAUCUCCACCACCUCCAACAAAAAUGUAAUAGACAGAACAUUUGGUCUCAGUCCAGGGUUUUACUGGCAGACUGUGGAAACUCAGGAUCACAUCUGUAAGGGGAGGGAAACCUCACAAGAGCAGCACAUAGAAGUAUCGGUUGUCCUGGGCUGCAGUGGUUUCUUUCAACACCCUCUCAUAACUCACCACACCCUCCAGCUGGUGCUCGAAUUAGGACUGGACGUGUGUGGUCUGCGACUCCUUUAUCCACCACAGACGCUCCUGAGCGAUGGUGGUGUAACAGUUAACCAGAGAGCCGAUGAGCCAAAUCAGCCUGUCCUUGCCUUCGCAGUUCGGGGUCCUUAUGCCCACUCUUUGUUGAAGGAUUUCAUUCAUGCUUCAGAACCUAUGCUGCUAAAAAAGAUAGAAAAACCGUCUGUCAAGCCUCUGCACAACAGAAAUGAAGAACCUCGACUUGUCUGCUCUCCUCAGUUGGUCGCCCAAGUUCACCGUGAGCUCUGCUUGUGGUUUUCAGGAAGACUUGAGGGAGGCGGCGUACAAAAUCACAACCAGCACGUAAACAGCGUUGUGCCUUUGGAUGAUAGAUUUGAAGGCAUCCCAUCUAAUCUGAGUAGACCACCUUCUUUUCUGUGCGCUACGACUAAAGCUGAUUUGCUCCUCGUGGUGUCACCUGUUGUGCCUCCACGUUGCUACGGCCAAGUGUUGGCUGGAUGUGAACGCAGAGGCUUCAGCCUCAGGGGGCUGCAGAGGCUGCAGCUGCACAACAGUGAAGCUGCUAUUCUGGGACUCAGCAACCUCCAGGCAAGUGUGUUCUGCAGUCCAACUACUGCAACUUUGGAUCAGCAGGAGCUGAAGCUGCCUUCUCACUGUCUGGUUCUACUCCUGAGAAAAGAAAAUGCAUUGCGCCACAGUGUUGGUCUCCCAUCAGCCCUAAUGAGAGGGUUUAAAGCUGAAAAGCUGCCGAGCUGCUUCCACUCCAGCUUGUGUUUCCACACUGUCCCCUACAGCAGUAACCUGUUGCACAUCUUAGUUAGGUGUAUGUGGGCAGUGCCAGAUCCCUCCAGUGUGAUUCUAUCCCGUCAGAAGUGUUCAUGCAGUUCUGACAUGGAGCAGGUGGUGAUUUUGACCCUGUGUGGGAAGGACAUGAGUCAAGGCCUGAACCUCCUACACAGAGUGCUGAUAGAAGAGUCGAAAGGUGAUGACCAGCAUGCUGGAUUUGAGCUGCUGGGCCUGAAGUGGCUUCCUGUGUUGACUCGACUUCAGGCCCAGGAGCUGAGUCCUUAUGAAGUGGGAGAGGCGCUCUGCUACGACAGCGUGGACACUCUGAUGUCAUAUCCUGCUCUCGUGUGCGCUCUCAGAAGGUGUGAUGCUUUUGCGUCACUGAGGAAACUGCUUCCGCACAACUGCUCUAACAACCUGAGCGUCCUGAUGUCACCUACACCUGAAGCGGCCCUCAGACAAGCCUCCCUCUUCUUCUUCAAGCAUGAAAUGAUUCCUGAUCCACAGAUGCUGCUCACUGUGGGCGUCUUCAAACCAAGAGUGUGGAAUCACACUCUGGCUCAGAUACUCCAGCAAAGCGGCCUCAUGUUGGUGGGCCUGCGGGUAGUGAACCCAGACAAAAGUCAUGCUACUCCUCUACCGCCUUCAGAAAAUGUGCAGCACCUGUGCUCUGGCCCUUCAGUGGCUCUUUGCCUUCAAGGGGAAAAAGCUGUGAAAAGGCUGCUGGACGUGCUGCGCCAGGAGGACUCAUCCACAUGGAUGACCUGCUAUGGAUCAAGAUCAUAUCAAGAAGCACUUAAGGAUGUGAAGAGUCUUUUCCCAGAGGGCCUCUGCUGCACUGAGACCAGCACAAUGAGACAGGAGCAGAUACUCAGCUUGUGUUCAGACGCUUUAGCCUCCGUGGAGCGAGAACAGAGAUGUAUGCUGACCCAUGUGGCCCAGGAAAGUCUGUCUGGAGCGUCCCUGAGACACAGAUCCCUCUGGCAGACAACCUGUCUGCUCAUACCCUUGAAUGCGCCACAACACAGCCCAGUGUACCCCCAGCUGGAGAUGGUGGAGCAGCUGCUAAGGGCAGGCUGCCAUCUGGUGGCAGGGAGAAUGAGCAAACUGGACCAGGAGCAGAAGGAACAUAUCGCAGAGACACUCGCGGUGUCAUCUAGUGGAAGAGAGAAGAUGGAGCAUUUUGACAGGGCCCCUUGUCUCAUCAUGGCUCUUCAAGGGGAAAAGAUUGUCGCUGGGUUACGCCUGAUUCUUGAAAGCAUUUGCAAGGAGAGGUCAGACCUAGAGAAGGUGGUGAUGAUCUACCCAGAAAGUGAAAAAGAGGCCACACAGCUGAUGUUCUACCUAUUUGAUGCUACGUCUCCUGAGACCUGUGACACUACUUUGCCAUAAAUGUUCAAACGAGUGCACAUGUACAAGCACAUUUUCCAAACAUUAAGCAACAUCUGACUUCUCAUAAUAUAUCUGCUUCAAACUAAAUGAAUAAAUAAAAUCACUGAUAGAAAAGACUUGUAUCAGACAUUGUUCAAAGCCACUGUCAAGCAAUAAAUAUAUAUUUUCCCCUCAAAACAACGCUAUGCCUUCUCUGCCCUCAGGCACAAACUCCUAUACUGUGACUUGUGUUUGAGACAAAAAGUAUUCACACGUUUCAGA